AUGGCCUUUCAACCGACACAGGCUUUGGCACCAGCAGUGCAGAAGGUGAGCACUCCGCGGUGCGCCGAAGCGCCCAAGGUGAAGGCUCCAGAAGUGGAGGUGCCCCAACCGGACCUGCCAGGCCCACCGGCCGAGGUGAGCCCCAGGGAGAGGUCGAAGACGCCGAAGACGCCCAGAACCCCCAGGUCUCUGCAGAACUCCCUCUCGCAGCCUGCGGUGGGUGGCCAUCUACCUGGGCGGAUCCAAGGCAUCUCCUGUUGCGCCUUGUGCCACUCGUUGCUGCAGAUCUUUGCUGGAAAGGUCCGCAUCCAGACCUUUGCGAAUAGCUCCGAGCUGCCGGCGCCCCCGGCGCGUCUGGUGGAUCGGGCCUUGGCCUAUGAGCUGUCGGAGGCAGAUGAUGUGGCUGCUUCUGACACCUUCUGUCGCCUUCACCAUCUCCACAAGAACAGGUACGAGCUCUGGCUCAAAGGUCAAGAUGCGAUCCGCCGCUGCACCGCGCGUGGGGAUGCGCAGGCAACACGGGUGAUCCGGAGCUGCGCGGAGGAGAUGGGGAAGCUGGACAACAUUUGUGGGAAGGUGGAGCAAGAAUAUCUCGAAGCCUUUGCCUCCUUCUUCAAGCAGUUGCAGCAGGAUGUCCGGGAGAAUUUGUUCAAGACGCUCAUGGGCAAGGCCGAUGAGCUGGUCAAUGCCUGGCAGCACGAGAUCGAAGAGGUGAACCAGCAGAUUGACAAGAAGGUUCAGCAGAAGAGGCACAACUUGCAGACCGCGGUGCACCGGCGCCACGAAGCGGCCAAGGAGGACUUCUGGAGGCAGCACGAGAAACAGUGCGCCCAGCAGUUUGUGUCCUGCUUGGUGGACAACUGCCGGAACAUGCACAUUGGCCGCGCGAUGGACGCCUCCACGGCGUUCAAGGAGUUGGAGCUCAGCCAGCAGGCGCGGCGCCCGGCCACCGAGAAGUCGGUGGAGGGCAAAGCGCAGAGCCGCGCAGAUCAGGAGCGCGCCAAGAGGCGGAUCGGGCUGAACGAUCGGAGGUCGAACGAGAAGGGUGGUGAAGAGGCGUUUUCGGUGCAGCCCGGUGGGUCCGGCGGCCCGGUAUCACUCGUGGAGAAGACUGGAGACUCACCGGGAACGGAUGGCGCACGAAGCGCCGCAGAGCUCGGACGAGUGGAGUUGAAAACGUGGACCCGAGCCGCGCGCGACCAGGAAGAGAUGGAGUCCGUGGUCGUGGCUCAGGAUCGCCUCUCGGAGGCCUUCCACACCAUCAGCGAUGUGGUGGAGAACGUUCGACGGAUGCAGGCGACUGACCCGCCGAUCUGUUCCUCCGACAAGGUGGAUCUCAAUGAUGCGCACAAUAUCGCGCAGAUUUGUCAAGGGGUUGGUUUCAUUGGCUUGGCAAUGUGGCUGAUCUUUGCCAACAACUCGAAGGUGGCGGUGGCUCAGAAGGCACCCUUGGAGCAACGCCAUGCUGUAUGUGCCACGAUCAGUACCGCGGUGGCGCUCUUCUCCGGCUUUUUCAACAUCCUGCAGCUCACCGCGAUUGACGACUUUGAUUUGCCGGGGCGUACGAACAACUUCACCCUGAACUUGUCGCGUCCGAUCGAGUGGAUCGCCACCUGUCCCAUCAUGCAGCUGAAGCUGGUGGUCCUGGCAGGCGCUCGUGUUCCAAGCUACCGUCGCUUCAUGAUGCCCCUCCUCUCGGUGUCGGUGUUGCUGUGCGGAACGGCCUCGAUGUUCACAGGCGACGCGCUGCGCUAUGCCUGGUAUGCCUUUGGCAUGUUCCUCGCCCUGAUCAUGUUCUGGCACAACGCCAUGCAAGUGAAAGAGAACUCCGAGGGCGAAGAGACCUUCUUCCAAGGAGAUUCGGACUUCCGAAAGCUCUCCAUCUUGUUGGUGAUCACCUGGUUCCCCUUCCCGAUCUGGUUCAGUUUGAGUAUCGAGGGUUUUGGCGUGAUCACCGACUACUUGAUCAUCGAGAUGGGUUGGGUGAUCUUGAACAUCGUUUCCAAGUUCACCUAUAUCAUCUGGAUGCAGCGCAUGAAGAUGGUUCAUCAGCGCAAGUUGGAGGCUGCUCGCGAACUGUACGGACUCUCUCCCACGGACGAGGUUCCGGAGGACGACCUGAAGGCACGCGCCAACGGCAAUGGCAAUGUGAAGGGCGGUGCUGUCAACUGCAACGAUUACGGACUGGGCUAUGGUGAGGAGGCCGAGAGUGAAGAGAAGAUGGUAGAAGUGGUUGCUGAGACGAUGGUGACCCUGGGCAUGAGCACUCACACAGACCGCUUGCUUCGUUUGAUGGUGGAGAAUGGCGUCACGAACACCGCGGUCUUGGAGCGUCUCAACGCGGAGCGUUGCCAGGAGCUGAACCUUCCCUGGGCGCUGAUUGACGCAGCCCAGCGCCGCUGGAUCAAUGAGAAGAUGAACAUGGGUCAGGACUAUGGCGGAGCAAUUGAGAAGGAAGAUCCAUUCAAGAAGCUGCUUGAGGCCAACCGCCAGCGCAUGACGGAUAAGUCGGUGCAGCAAGCCUUACCUGGAAUGAUUGGGGUCAGCCCUGGAGUCGGAGGAAUGAGCACGCCUCCACUGGCCGGGAUGGCGGGCAUGAACCUGGGUGCCAUGGAGGAUCAACUGGGCGCCAUCCUCCAACGUGCCAUGAUGCCGUUCCAGGAGCAGGUGAUGCAGAAGCUUGAGAUGAUGAACGAGAACAUGCAACGGCAGUUGGAGACCACUCAGGAAGCCAUCUCGCAACGAAUGGAUUUCUCACAGGUGGCCAUCUUGCAAACCGUGAACGCCUGCCAAGUCUUGCUUCACAAGUUGGAUUCCAGCCAGGAAAGUGUGGUGCAGAAGAUGGACUCGAUGAAGGUGAGCGUGGACAACCUCCUGAACCAUAUCACAGGUGCCAGCGAUACCACGAAGCAGGCGCUCUUGGACACCGUGACCAACUCCUCCAGCGUUUUGCUGCAGAAGUUGGACUCCACCCAACAGGAUCUGCUCAAGCAGUCCACUGACAGUUUCAAGGUGCUGGAAGGCGUGGCGUCGAAGCAGGACGUCUUAUCCAAGAAGGUUGAUUCAGGCAACGAGUUCACACAGCGUCGCCUGGUGGAGAUGGAGAGCACCAUGGACCGCAAGAUGACCGAGACCAGUGACUCUGUGUGCAAGGCACAAACUGACAGCACACAGCACUUGUUGGUGAAUCUCCGCGGCGACCUGGCCAAGCUGGCAGAGCAGGGCAAUGCCAUGGUCGACGCCACUGAGAAGUCUUCCGCUGUGCAAGAGGAGCGCAUGGCUGACGUCCGCCGCCAGAACAUGAUGAUCAUGGACAUGUUGACUAACGCCCAAGAGACCAUGCACACCAGUGCCGAGUCCCUGCAAUCCUUCACCCGCUCGGAGAUCAUGCGUGACUCUGCCACCAACAUGGAGAUGCAACUGCGUGAGGUCAUCGUCAAGCAAAUGGGCAAGAUGCAGGAAGCACUCCUGGGUGGCGAUGAAGACGAAGGCAAGGGAACCAACCUCAAGUCGGCGGUGACUGCGAUGGUGGAGCGCUUGGAGGACAGUGCCCAACGUUUGGAACUGGCUACAGCCACUGGAGCACAAGGAGGCGGAUCUGCCGAGAUGGAGGACUUGAUCCGACGGGAGCUGGGUGCAGUGGCCUUGGCUUUGUCGCAGCAGCAACGUGACACCGCCCAAGAGAGCAUGGUGCAGGUGGGCGAGACAGUACGUGGAGAACUCUCAACCUUCAAGGAGGCGCAGGUGGGACAAGUCUCGGAGGUGGUCACCGUGAAGUUGUCCGAGUUCUCUGACAAGUUCAGUGAGAACAUCCAGCGCAUUGAGAGUGGAGUUGACAAGGUCCUCCAGAGCGUCGAGAAGACCGGCGAGGGCGGCCGCAGCGGCGGUCGCAGCGGUGGGCACCAGAAGCGGCACGCCGAAGGGAACCGUGGCGCCUCCGAAGCGCCGAAAGAUGCUCGGACCCGGCGAGCGAGCGAGCGAGGCACGUGCGCUUCAGAAUGGGCCCCCCUUUUUGAAGAUGGCAACUCCGUUGCGUUGCCUCCAGAAUCGGAGAUCAAGGGGAGCUUGGAUGGGCCAAAGACCGACGCGGUGCUGAUGGAUGCAGAAGAGAACCCGAUGGAACGGGAGAUGAAGAUCUGGCUCAGCAAGAUGGAUCAACUGCAGACGCUGCAACACUUGCAGGCCUGUAAGGAUCGCGAGCUCGUGUACCUUCGCGUGGCCAUGACGAUCCGCCGCCUCGAAGAGGACCAGGGAGUCGAGCAUCGUCUGGUGGUGAGCCGUGUUUCACAACACUUGCAGCAGAUGCGCAUGUUCCUGGAGAAGACACUCCGUGCUUCGGGAGUCUCCUCCUGCGUCGACCUCAUGGGCGUCACGCCCGGCAGCAUUGUGCUGGAGCGGGAGAGCUUUAUUCACAUGGUCCUUCGGAACGAGCGCAUCCUUGGGGAUGUCAGCGCUUGUGGCGGAGGUGGCGCCUCUCCGCGCUCGGCGCGCUCGGCGCAGUCCGCCUGCCAGGGCAUCUCUGCCAGCUUCGCGAGCGGAAGCCGCGGUGGCAAAGGCGCUGAUCAGCUGGGCGCUUCGCUGGAGCUGAGGGCCUUUGGCGAGUUCUUAGGCCAGUUGGCGACGCUUCCGCGUGGUGGGAACACCACGUGUGCGCCGCUUCGAAGGUGUGGAGGUGUGGAGGUGGUGGAACGGUGUGGAGGUGUUUUUGGAUUGAAAGGGGUGUGA